AUCCAGCCAUACAAAAAAGUUAAUGUCUUUUCUCUGAACCAGAAGAAGAAUUGAAGAAGCAAUGGUACGGAACAAAAAGAGGGAUAGGAUCAGCAAUCUACCUGACCUUCUCGUCUCCGAUAUCCUUUCCUUCCUCACUACCAAAGAGGCUGUGGCCACAAGCAUUUUAUCGAGCAGGUGGAAGACUCUCUGGACUCUUGUCCCCAAUCUCGACUUGGAUGAAGAUGAAUUUGAGUGGAUAUUGUCAGAUGAAAAGCAAAAUCGUAAAAAAAAAAAGCGGGUUUGCCGAAGCGGUUUUACAUUUGUGCAGAUUGUCUCUAAAAUCUGGGCUCUUCGCAAUGCAUAUCCCCUACAAAAGUUUUACCUCAACUGGCUUUAUGAUUGUGACCCAAUACAUGUCGAUAAGUGGGUCAGCACUGCAAUCACAAGUGUCUUGGAAGAGCUCACUCUUAACAUUUGUCCUCACCUACCUUUCGACAUUCCCAGUACCCUUUUUAAUUAUUGUAAAACAUUGGUGGAUCUGAGACUACAUGGCAAUAUUAUUGUUGAUCCUCCGCCUUCAUCCCUCGGCUUCCCAAGUCUCAAAAUUUUGCAUCUUCUUGGAGUCCAGUAUGCCAACCACGACUCUUUCUCAAGAUUCCUCACUUGCUGCCCGAUACUCGAAUAUUUGUGUUUAGAAGUAAUUGAAAUGGACGAGGAAUGCAAUUUUAUGAUCACUCUACCUACAUUGAAAAGAUUAGAUUUAAAUAUGCAAGAUUUCUUAUACAAACUUGAGAUAAACGCCCCAGCUCUCGAGUAUCUAGAAUUCGUGGGUUUUCUGCAUAAAGUCGUAUUGUUGGAAAAUCUGUCCAAUUUAGUUAAAGCGGUCCUUUUUGUUUCUUAUGACUCUGAAGUAGGUGAUACUGAAGAUUAUGGAAAUAGGGUAAUGGACUUCAUCAGAGCACUCUAUAACGUUAAAUCCCUGCAUUUGGGCUCAUUCACCACAGAGGACAAAGGUCACCUUCAUUCUACUAGUGAGCAAGAAUCUCUUAAAUGGAAUUUCUAUGAGAAAGUUCCUAAAUGUUUGUCAUCCCACCUUACAGCUUUUCAGUUUAAAGGAUUUAAAGGGCUAAAGGAUGAGCUGGAACUUAUUGGACAUAUCCUGCAGCUGGCAAGAGUCUUAAAGACAAUGACGCUCUCUUCUGAUCCUUCAAUUGAAAAAGAGAAGAUUCGUGUUCUCAAGGAAUUAGUAAUGUUCCCCAGGCAUUCUAGCACUUGUCAAAUUACAUUUAACUGAUGUGUACUUCCUUCACUGUCACUAGCAGCCAUUUUUAUUGGAGUGA